UUAUUCAGUUUACAACUUUCGCUCGAAACGGACGUGCGACUUUGUCCGGCAAUCCGCGUUCGAGUGGCAAACAAUAGCUAUACAAAUAAAUAGUAAUCAAACAAGCGAGUGCACAAUAGGGGCAUAAAACAACAACAAGAGAAAAAAAAAGUAAUUCAAACCUAAAGUGAGCUUAUCAUCGAAUCUAACUUCUUAACCAACACUGCGUAUGCGUGACUCGUUUAUAUGAAGCGGCGACAUAAAACAGCCCUUUUCUACAUCAAGAUGUACAAGAGAAAGGCCUGAAAGCCCACAAAUGAACUUCUAGUGAUUUGCGAUAAUAAUUAGUAAUAAUAGAGAAAAAGAGUUCCAAAGUUAAAUCACACAUCGCGUCUAGAUGUCAUCCGCUUAACUCACUUAACACCCAUCGAAUUCGGUCAAAAUUGCGCCCGUUCGUGUUCACGCUGCGCCCAGCCCAACGCCCACCACCACUGCCACCACCCAACAUCCAUUCAACAGCAACAACAACCAUCAAAGCGGCAAGACGACGGACUCCGGCACAGUGGGUCACACUGCCGCAUCGACCACAAGACAGCGGCGGCAAAGUGGAAGUGGCAGUGGCAUCCACAAGAAGCGCAAGAACAUCUGGCCAUUCAGGAUGCGGGUGAAGGUGGCCAAGCGCCUGUGGUUCCACCGACAGGCGUCCACCAAGAGCGACCGCUUUCCACAGCCAAACGAAGUAACAGAAGGUGCCUUACAGGUCUGGCGGACCCUGCCGGAGCGCAUUCGUCAGGAUCCCAGUCUAGCCUCCUUUCGCCAGGAGCACGAACGUCUGCAUGGCGAUGUGGACCAGCUGCACGCGGAGGAGUCGGAAUUGCGUGUGCAGAAUGGACACCACGAGGAGACGGCGCUGGCCAACCAGCCAUUCACACAGAUCGGGAUCAAUGUGACGAACGAGGCGGGUCAGGUGCGGGUGCUCGAUGGCAGUUUUCUGUGAUUCCCCGUGCCCAUUUGCAGGGAUCUGGAGAAUAACAACGAUGAUCAACACGACGAGGCCGAGCCGCAUGCCAAGAGUUUGAUACGAAAGUAUCUCAUCUGGUUUAAGAUAGCCAUACUCCUGGUGGUCUGGUGCGUCUUCACCGCCUUCCUGAUGUCCAACAACGAGCAUGUGGACCAACUGAGCCUCAUUAGUGUUCCUAGGAAUAGCUCACCCAGAGUAUUUCCCAUUGCCACCGCCAGUCUGCAGAGGAUUGGCCUGGGCCUGCGCGGACCCUUCCGCCUGCAGGAGAACGAACUGGCCAUUAACGCGAGUGUUCCACUGCCCCUGCUCCAGGUGCAGGUGAUGCGCAGCUAUUUCGAUGGCGAGGGCAUGGAGAUCUACAUCGAGAACGCCAGCCAGGUGUGGCAACUGGACGUGGUCUAUCCCGAUCUGAUAGACGCCACCAGGGAUACGAAGAAGCAGCGUACCUUCGAGCUGAGUCCCACUGAUCCCUUAUGGUUGGCCCAGGCCAAUCGCACGGAGCUGAGCUUCGAGUUCACCAGCUCCAUUGAGGGCGAAUUGCCGCUCCAACUGAAUGUGGAUGAGUCGCCCAUCUAUAAGCGGGAUGGAGUCAUCUAUGCUGCGGCUGUGCUCUGCGGCUUGUACGUGAUGAUCAUCUGGGAGAUUGUGAAUCGAACCUUUGCUGCCAUCAUCGCAUCCACCUUGUCGGUUGGUAUACUGGCUGCACUGAACUCCAGGCCCUCGAUGGCCACCAUCAUGGGUUGGAUUGAUGUGGAGACACUGCUGCUGCUCUUCGGCAUGAUGAUUCUGGUGGCCAUUCUCUCCGAGACGGGAGUCUUUGACUAUCUGGCUGUGUAUGCCUACAAGAUAACCAACGGACAUGUUUGGCCACUCAUCAAUUGCCUCUGCCUGUUCACCGCUGUCCUGUCGUCCUUCCUGGACAAUGUGACCACCGUGCUGCUGAUGACCCCGGUGACGAUACGACUCUGCGAGGUCAUGUGCCUCAAUCCGGUGCCCAUACUCAUGUGCAUGGUCAUCUACUCGAACAUUGGCGGUGCACUGACUCCAGUGGGGGAUCCGCCCAAUGUCAUCAUAGCCUCGAAUAGCUACAUAUCCAAAAAUGGCGUCAAUUUUGCUGUCUUCACCUUGCACAUGCUGCCCGGAGUUCUGCUGGUGAUGGUGCAGACCUAUAUCCAGUUGCGUUUCAAGUUUCGCAACAUCAGUGAUCUGCAGUUCAAGGACUCGCCGGAGGUGGAGGAACUGCGUCACGAGAUACACGUAUGGAAGCGGGCAGCCGCCAGUCUAUCUGCCUAUUCCAAGGAUGAGGAACUGGUGCGGCAGACACUGAUGAAGAAGGUGAAUCGCUUGAAGAGAAGCCUCAAGAAACGCAUGACGGCGGUCAUAGAACCGGCACCCAAUUACCAACAAACUCUGGCCAAUCUUCAGGCAAAGUACCCCAUUCGCAACAAACCGCUGCUGAUCAAGUGUUCGGCCGCCUUGGUCUUUGUGAUCAGUUUGUUUUUCCUGCACUCGGUACCCGAACUCCAGAGACUGUCUUUAGGAUGGACCGCUCUGCUGGGUGCCAUAUUCCUCAUCAUUCUGGCGGACAUCGAGGACAUGGAGGCCAUACUGGCACGCGUGGAAUGGUCCACGCUGCUCUUCUUCGCAGCUCUGUUUAUUCUCAUGGAAGCCCUGACGGAACUGGGACUGAUUGAGUGGAUCGGCAACAUGACAGAGGGCAUUAUCCUGGGAGUUGGCGAGGAUCGGCGACUGAUGGUGGCCAUUUUGAUCAUUCUAUGGGUUUCCGCUGUGGCUUCCGCUUUUGUGGACAACAUACCGCUGACCACGAUGAUGGUCAAGAUCACCAUAUCACUGGCGCAGAAUAGCACCUUGAAUCUGCCACUACAGCCUCUGGUUUGGGCCCUGGCCUUGGGCGCCUGUUUGGGAGGCAAUGGCACUCUGAUCGGAGCCUCUGCCAAUGUGGUUUGUGCCGGCGUGGCGGAGCAGCACGGCUACAAGUUCACCUUCCUGCAGUUCUUCAAAGUUGGAUUUCCCAUCAUGAUCGGCAGCAUCAUUGUCACCACGGGCUAUCUGCUCGUUUCGCAUUCGCUGUUCGCGUGGCAUUGAUGAAGGGCCCCCAUGGAUGAAGGAGUUGACUGUGUCGAUUCGCAACAAGGCGCACUGUACCUCGUUACCUAACGGACAGAAACUGUUCCGGAUGCCACAGACAUCCGGUUUCCGAUGCCGGAAGCAGCUCCAAGCUGGAUGGGAAUCAACUCCUUAUGCGAUUGUCAUAAGUGUUGGUUCCGGGUAAGCAGAGGGAAACGGAAACGAAGAAUAUUACAUGAAAAUACAUUUAUUUUUACACGUCGUUGUUAGUGUAGUGUGUAGCAUAAAUAACAUAACAAACAACAACAAUUAAGAGAAUUAAAAUAAAUAUAAAUUAAUUAUUUACAAUUAAUACUGUCGCUGAACUGUGAAACAAUUGUUAAAUGUUAAAUGUAUGAAUACGAAUCAAAUAUAAACGAAACAAAUAAACUAAUUUAAACAGCAAC